CACGAAUUUUGUUGCUAUUAUUAUCCCCCUUUUUAAUACAUUUACAAGCCACCUGGUCUCUCUUUUUUUUCUAUGUCUGUUAAUCUAAGAGCAUGCCUCAAAAGGUUUCAUUUACAAGACGAAAGAAAAGUGCAGAAUCGCGCUGAAGAAUUCCUUGGUAAAUUCCAUCCUUUAGGUAACAUCAUAUUUGAUAAAGGAGGACCCAACUGUAAAGUGGUUAUUGCCAUUCAACUCGCAUGUGAAAGUCUUCAAAUCACUGAUUGGGACAUAAAGAUUGCUGCUGCCAUUGCAGGUUGUUCUCUGAGUACAUAUGAAUCUGUAUUAAGUACAGUCCGAAAAGCACUCGACAUUCAGCCGUCUGUGUCGUUCAAGACACUUGCUGUAGCAUUGGGAUCUACAGGCCUAGUAUCUCUAGCUCAAGAACUCUGGACUGAUUUUGUACCUCGAUACUUGGAUGUCUACACUGGUGCAAGAAGACAGGCUGCUGAAAAGGAAGUAAAAUCACCUUGCUGGAAAGGUGCUGUUAUGUUUUCGUGUGCUAAAGCAUUUGGUGAAAGGUUAAAAAAAGACGACUUGCGUCAACUCUGUGGCUGUACAGCCAUGGAACUUAAUUUGGCCAUCAAAUCUGUAGAUUCAUUCUGUGCUCAGAAACUAACAGAAUUCAAGAAACGACCUAAUGCGCUCAAGAGAGCAGCUCCACAAGACAAAAAUGAAGAGAAAGCAGAUGAAGAAAGGACUGUAAAGAAAAUGGUCAUAGUUCCUGUCUCGGGUAUCAGUUCAAUGAUCGAUCACCGUGAUUAUAAAGCAACCAAGCGAUAUAAGGAUUACAUGGCAUGGCACACAAGUAUGGUUCAGCAGUUAAAAGAACAGAAAGCAAAGUAAAUAUACCCCCUUCCUUUUUAUUGACCAUUUAAAUAAAAUAUCACAAGU